AAGGGGAGUUCGCUGCUUCCCUCCACAUCUAUAUCCGAACCAAAUUCCCUCCCAUCCUCCUCCAUCUCUCUCUCUCUCUCUCUACUUGUUUAAUUCAGCAGCACCUUGUUACCAAUCAGAUCUUACUCAUUCAUCCACUUCAAUUGGCUGAACUAUUCAUCUCCCUCUACAUAAAUCCCCAAGCUUCACUAAUUCCCCGGCCCUGAUUCAUCCGAUCACAGCUCACCAUGUCGGCUCCCAAUCGGAAUUCUCUCCGGCCGCCGCUCUCUGAUCACCGCCGCUUCUCCUCCGCCGCCACGUCAUCAGACGCCGCCGUACUUCAAUCUCCUCAAAUGAAGCGCAAAUUUGAAGGGCCCGAGUUUGAAGGAGAUUUUAACAAGCAGAACCCAAAUUCUGGAUUUACUGAAGAUGUCAGCAGUCCUUUUCAGAGACCUGCGCCUAAAAAAGGUGGGAAGCCACAGAAAGUACCAAGGAUUGCUAAGUUCAACCAGACUGCAUCUACUCCUGUAUCAGGUGUUGGUUCCCCUUCAGCCAACAACCCUACUCCAGCUGGUCCCUGUCGCUAUGAUAGCUCUCUAGGUCUGUUAACCAAGAAGUUCAUAAAUCUAAUCAAACAUGCAGAAGAUGGUAUUCUUGAUCUAAAUAAAGCUGCUGAUACAUUAGAGGUGCAGAAGAGGCGGAUAUAUGAUAUUACAAAUGUUCUAGAAGGAACUGGUCUCAUAGAAAAGAAGCUCAAAAACAGAAUUCAGUGGAAGGGAAUUGAUGCUGCAAUGCCCAGGGAUAUUGAGGAGACUGUUGGUAGCUUACAGGCAGAUGUUGAACAUCUUUCCAUGGAGGAACACAGUUUGGAUGAAAAAAUAAGAGAAGCACAAGACAAAUUGAGAGACCUAAGCGAGGAUAAAAAUAAUCAAAGGUGGCUUUUUGUCACUGAAGAAGAUAUCAAGUUGUUGCCCUGCUUUCAGAAUGAAACACUAAUAGCAAUAAAAGCUCCACAUGGCACUACCCUUGAAGUCCCUGAUCCAGACGAAGCUGUCGACUAUCCUCAGAGGAGAUAUCGAAUUGUCUUGAGAAGUACCAUGGGUCCCAUAGAUGUUUAUCUUGUCAGUCAAUUCGAGGAAAAGCUUGAAGAAUUUAAAAGUGCUGAGGCACCCCAAAGCCUUGCUCCAGUAACAGCCGAAGAAAGCAGGGGAACUGAGACUGAAAUGCAGGUGAAGGAAGACAAUGCAAAAUGCUCAGACUCUAUUACAUCUCAAGACUUUGUGAAUGGGAUCAUGAAGAUAGUUCCAGAUGUGGACAUUGAUGCAGAUUACUGGCUUAUAUCUGAGGGCGAUAUUAGCAUUACAGAUAUGUGGAGUACAGGGUCUGGAAUUGAAUGGAAUGAGAUUGGGCAACUUUAUGAUGACUACACAGUUGCUAACUUUAGCAGACCUCUCUCCAGUGCAGAAGCCCCUUCCUCUGUUAAGAGCACAGAAAAGUGACCUGGUGUAUAUGUUAAUACAUAAUUAAGCAUUUGGGAGAAUAAUCGAGUGAUCAUCCAGAAAGCCACUAGUUAAACCAUAAGGCAUUGUAACUCUCAAUAAUCAUCUGAAUGUAUCUCUGUAGUAAGUCACAGUAGUAAGCUGUAAAACGUAAGGAGCCAUCUUGUUUGAUGUAUAGUAGUGUAAUAUUAAUGAUGCCCGUUUAGGAGUAAAAGAAUGGUCAUCAAAUUUUCCGAUUUUGUUCUUUGUAUGUUAUUGGUAAUAGCAAGAGAAAUCAUGACAAGUGGGUACCUUCAGGUUUGCAAGCA